UAUAUUGAAUUUCAGUUGUUAUUUCAUUUACAUUUUAUUUAUUUUUAAUUAUUUAUAUUAUUACUAGGACAAUGCUCGGAGCCCUUCAUAAACGUAAAAAAAUGCAUUGCACAAUUUCGCAAAGAAAGGUUGUAAUGCAAAAUGCUUUGUAAGGUUCUACAAUUUAAAAAUUAACUUCGGUUAAUGCGAAAGCAGAUCCAUUUUGUUGGCAAACAUGUUCCCAAAAUGCUACUUGUGUUCCUGGAAUUAAUAAUAUUUAAUUGAAGACUUUUGCAUCAAUAUAUGUAUAUAAACUUUUGUCCAACACGAUUUAAUCAGUGUCCCAAAGUCGUUGUUUUUUCAACUGCGCUAUCUUUUUUGCUGGGUGCUAGGUGCUGGGUAAUUAAAGUCUUUAUCAAUUCUCUUGAAGAAUCACCGUUGCGCAAGAUAUUUAGCUCGCUUCUUAAGGCCAACACUUUCAUAAUUAAAAUUUUAUUGCUGGAUUUAUAUAAUCUUUAAUAAUAAUUGUAAGCAAAUAUUUAGUAUUCCUAAACUUACCAUUCUCGUUGCUCAAGAUGUAAACUAAGAAUUAAAUUUGUGAAUUUUCAUUGAGAAGGUAUCGAAAACAGUAGUAGUAGUGCUGUUAUUAUGAUUAUAAUCAUUUAUUAAUUUAGAGCUGGCAGCCUUAAUUAAGUAUUGAAAAUUUGAAAGUCAGUUGUUUCAAUAUACCAAAAAAUCAUAAAAAUGAUUAAAAUAGUUUAGCCAUACAUAAUAUUAAAAGUUUAAAAUAUAAUAAUUUUUAAUCGAAAUAAAUGUUGGGCGUUUCAAUUUAAAUGGAAAAUGAUAUAAAAAACGCUAAUUUUGAGUCGCUCUCAAGCUGAAAAUAUGUAACUUGUAAUUUUCUGCACUAAUAGUAGAUAAAAAGCACAAUACCGCUAUCAUUGGCGACGAUUGAAAUAUUGAAUUCAAUUCUUCAGGCAUAUGUAAGAGAGAGAAAAGAAGAAUAAGACAAAAUCUUUAACGUAACUUUUGACAAAUAUAUGGACAUAUGCAAAUUGUGAAAAAGGAACAAACGAAAGGCACGGUAUUAUUAUUUUAGUUUUCUUCUCCAAUUUUUAUAGAAUGUUAUGCAAUAAUCAUAAGAAUAUCAUAUAUGUAAUGAAAAAUUUCUUACUUCUUCAUUUACAUAUAUGAAAGCUUUGAAUUGAAUUAAUUACAACUUAUGAGUAAAACCAAACGGAAUUCAUUAUAAUUUUGUUUUAUUUUUUACAUCAGGUCUACUGUUCAUGAAUCUUAUCAGUUUUAUGUGGUAUUUUUCACUCUGUGUAGUUUCGUUAAUAUUCUUAUUAGCACAGCAAAGUAUUUUCGUAAAUUUAUAUUUAUUUGGCAAAUAUAUUUAAUAAUUUAAUUAAUAAGACAAAAAUUUAAAUGCCGCAAUUGCGUUCAACAGUUAAAAAAAAAAAUAUCAAAAACUUUCAUAGCAUCCCUGGCUUUCGUUAAAAAUGCUUAUUUAUACCAUUUAUACAAAAUUACUACACGCCGUGUAAUGAUCCGUAUGAGACGCGAAUAGAUAUCGUACAAAUGUGAAACGAACUGUUGUUACUUUUAAAUUGAGUUAACUAAUUACUGAUUUGAUAGUUACUGGGUUGAGUGAGAUCACCGCACAGGUUAUCAUAGGAUUUGUUUACUAAUUCCACAUCAUUUGUCACCGUCCACCUUGUCAGUGAGCCUACACUCUGUGAAAUGAAAAUAACGGAUAGUUGUUGAACGAGCUUUUUAAUCUGUAUAUGUCGAUCCUAGUGUGAUAAAAGAAGAAUAUGUUCGGUGAAUUAAUGAAAUUCAAAUUAUAAAAUUCGGGUUCAGUGUCAAAUAUAUAAUUAUGUAUCUACAGAAUAACGAUAAGUUCAAUAAAGCAUGGAGAGUUAAGUGCGAGUUCCGUUAUCAAACAAUAAUGUAAUAAUUUAUUACAUUCUUGUGUUUUAGGUACAUAUGUAUGUACAUAGAUGAAUAUGUAUGAGCUUAAAUGUCAACAUAUUACUAUAUGUAAUUUACAUCAGUAUGUAUGCGCUAUGUAGGCAACGAAGUACCUCCCUCGUCGUACACUUUUUUACACAAGCUCUGUAUACUAGAAUAAAAUAACAGUUGUGUAUAGAGCUAAAUGCGCUUACGUCCAUUUCACAUACAUACGCUUUUAAAUAUACCAACAAAGCUUACAUUGUCGAACGGCGUGUUUUGAAUGAGUACGUUUUAUCUGCAUUCGCCACCACUGUAGAAAGUUAGAAAUACAAAAUAGAUAGCUGAUGCUACUGAUCAGUGUUCGGUCGAACAGUUGUUUUGCUCGCAAUUCGCGUUUCGUAGCGAUUGUGAGCAAAUGAACAAACAAUCUAAUUCACAUAUUGUAAGUUCUCCACACAUACAUUAAUAUAAUUUGUGCUUUAAAGUUAUCUUCAUGCGUUGAGCUGGGAUUGUGAUUUUGGAAGAAGCACAUGGGUAGUUUACAGUUUUCCCUUUAACAUAGCAGUGGUGUGUUGAUACGAAAUCAAGAAAUAUCAAGUAACGAAUUUUCCUCAUAUCCAUGAAAUGGUUCACAAAGGAAAAUUUUAAACAAUUGAUGUAAUUUCCAUCAACACAUAGAAAUAUUAUUCGCUGUGUUUAAAAUUAUAAUUAUUGCAAUAUCUUAUUAGUUAUUUGUUUUGGCCAAUAUUAAGUAUUGUAAUAUAUAAUAGUAAUUGGAAGGAUUUUUAGAUUUUAUUUGAAACCAAAACAGCGAGGAUACGUAAAUAUAAAAAACUAUUUGAAUCACAUUGCUCGUACAGUAGUUUAGAGUUGGAAUUAGCAAGUCUUAUAAAUUAAACUUUCCUCUGUUGACUGUUAUCUAAAAUUUUCAUAAUUUCACAAUAUGUCGCCGUGAGUACAAUAGGUUGUCAACUUAACGUUUGUUUGUAACACCUAAAUCAAUCAUGUGCAAGAGACAACUGAUCUUUACUCAGCGAUCUUUAAUGAAAUCACUUGCAUUCUAUGGAGGUUUUUAUGGCUUAUGGGGAAGAACGAACUAUUUUCACGUCUACAAAAUUCCGUUAAGCGAAAAAUGAUAAAGUACUAUAACUAAGACACAAACUAAGCUACAGCACUGAAAUUUGGUGGUGAGGAUCGCCAUACGCAAAUGCGUUUGUGAUCAAAGUAUAUCAGAUGCCCAACCUCUUACAGCUUAAAUUUACACGGGGUUAACUAUUUCUCAAUACAAAAAUAUAAAUUAAUUAAAUUUUAUAUUUUAAUCCCGAAGAUGGGAUUAAAAUUUAAAUUUUUUUUUAAUCCCGUUCUUGGGAUAUAAUAUCUCCGCAGCUGUAUCGUCCCAUUUUUAUAAAAAUAUUUUUUGCUGAAAUGUUUGGUUAUGGCGUAUAUAACUAAGUUAUAUCUUAUUCAAAGGUUAUUUUAAAAACUACUUAAUUUGCAAUAACUGUCUAAAAACUGUCGAAUUUUCACCGUAGAGAUAGUACAUAUUGGUGGAAUAAAAAUCCAGAGAAAAUCCAUGGCGCUUUUUUGUAUUGGAAUAAUCCAUGUCUUACACAAUGUUAGUGGUUAGUACUGAGUUAUCUUUAAAACAUUCACAGACACAAUUAAUUAAAUGGAAAAUUAAAUGAAAUCGUAAUAAAUAACAAAAGAGUUCAUAACCUUUAAUAUAACAACGAUUAUGUUGAACAACGAAUAUUAUAUUCCUCUCAAUAGCUGAAAAUAUUAUCACGCUUUGGAUCCUUUCUACUUGUGAGAGUAUACAACUUUCGGCUCAACAAAAGCUUAGACUUUCCUUAUUUUUUAUUAUUAUGGCGAGCCGAAGGUCCUGGCAGCCAGUGCUCCUUUUUUCGUGUAAAAUAAUAAUUGUAUUAUUUUUUCACAUUUAUAAAUAAAAUAAAAUAAAUUAAUUAAUUAUGGAUUAUUUUAUUAGUAUAAAUAAUAACGAAUUACUUAAAAUUAAUUUCUUAUAAUCUAAGGCAGCACGAAGUGUUAGCGAUUUAUUGAAAUCUCUAACAUCUAUAUGUUAUGUGCUAUCUUUCGUAUAUUAUAUGUUACAUACAUACUUAUAUGUACAUAUAGUACAUACGAUGUCUACAAGCUCAACUGCUGACUACUUGCCGGAGUUCUACUUCUAAAUAAUAUAUGUACGGUUAUUGUUUUGGCUGUUUAUAAAAAUCUUCACAUUGAGUAUUGUACUUAUAUGCCAUACACAUCUCUGCCAAAUGCUUCUUCAUGUCAGCCGAAAACAACCUAUUUUAAAAUUGUUUGAUAUUAGUCGGAAAGUGGUCUUGCACGUUGAUUGUUCAUACAUACAUAGUAAAUAUACCAACAUAACUUUCUUACAACGAUUUGUUUUCUAUGUAUGUAUACGUUUUAUUUGCAUUUGCCACCACUGUAGAAAUUUUGAAAUGCAAAAUAGACAGCAGAUGCUACUGAUCAGUGUUCUGUACAAUAGAUAUAGUAUAUUGCUCACAAUUCGUGAUUCGCAGAGAUUGUGCGCAAAUGAACUAACAAUUUAAUUCACAUUCCGAAAGUUCUCCACAGAUGAAUAUAAUUUGUGCUUUAAAGUUAUCUACAUGCGUUGAGCUCUGAUUCUGAUUUUGGAAAAAGCGCAUGAUUAGUUUCAAGUUUUCCCUUUAACAAAGCAGUCGCGUGACGAUACGAAAACAAGAAGUACGAAUUCGACUUAUGAAUUGCAAACGGCUCAAAUUAUUUAAAUUUUAUCUCGAUAUAAAAUAUCCGUAUUUGUCGUUAAAAGUUAUAAUAAACAAUAAUUGUGCGCAUACAUAUUUCAUUUAUUGUUAGUACAAAAUAGUUUACCUGAAAUGCUUCACAUCGGAAAGUUUUAAACAAUUGAUGUGCUUUACAAUAACACAAAAAAAGAUUAUUCGUUGUGUUUAAAAUUACAAUAAUUAUAAUACAUUUAUUAGUUGUUUGUUUCGGCAUACGUUAUGAUUAUACUACAUCAAAAGGAUUUUUCGAUAUUUCUUCAAAUAUUGUAAGGAUAUUCAAUGAAUUUGCAUAUGCUCAAAUACAUGAGACAUAUAGGUAAAAACAUAUCAAGAACCUUAUACAUCUAUUCAUCUGAAUAGUAUUUUCUGACGUAGACGAUCAACUUCAAACCCAACACAGAGCCAGACAGACAGCAAUAUAAUAUUCAACAACAACACCAGCAACCAACUGCACAUCCUAAUCAACUUUAAACUCAACAUAGUGACAAUAUUUUUUCCAUCCUUGGAAACACAUCCAGAUCAACUUCAACACAGAGCCAGACAGACAACUUCAACACAGAGCCAGACAGAUACCAAUAUAAUAUUCAACAACAACAUCAGAAAGUGAGAAUCCGAUUAACUAUUUUAUAUAUAAUUAUUAUUAUUAUUAAAUGUAUGUAACUGAAAAAAUUAGCAUAGAGUAAGAAAUUGAAAGAAAAUUACUAUAUACGUCUGGAAAACAAGAGAAAAAAAAGGGAAAUAAAAUGGCAGUACCAGUUCAAAACAUUCUUACUAUAAACCCUUUAAAAUAUCUUAAUAACUUACCUGAAUUCUGUGGCGACUCAAGAGACCUACAGACAUUCACCACACUUAUUAACCGAAUACACCCACACCUACAAACAUAUGACGAACUGUCCCAACUAGUUUUUUCGGACAUAAUAAAAUCAAAACUAAAAGGAAGAGCAAGACAGGCAAUAGAAAUAAACUGCCACGCGACCUCAUGGGCAGAGAUUAAAAACAUACUACAGAAUAAUUUCGGGGAUAGACGUUCUUGCGAAGAACUCUUUGACGAAUUACGAAGCGUGACCUUUAGAACAAACACUUUAGAUUUUUACAACGACAUGAAAACCAGGUUACACAGGUUAAAUAACAAAUUAGUAACCAUUUUAGGAGAAACCGAAGCAACUAGAGAGAGUGCGAUGAACAACAAACGCACUGCCCUUAAUAUCUUUAAAAACAAACUUCCUGAACCAAUGAAAUCAAUCCUUUUCUGUAGGAACCCAGAAGACUUGGAACAUGCUAUGGACAUACUGUUCCAAGCCGGGUACGCACAUACAGGGAACAAUAACGUGAACAACAGCACAGAAGUAAAAACUCAUUCAAGUAAUAGGAAUACUGACUAAAGAAACUAUACACAAUACAAUAAAAAAGACAGUAGGAAUAGAACACAGUACGGGAAUUCCCAACAACUAUUCAACAGAAGGAAUUUCCAACCAAUGCCCCAAAAUAACGGAAGAAAUUACCAACAAUUCCAACCAUACCAACAAGCAAACCCACAAAACCCCAGUCCUAUAAACCCAUCCUUCCAGAGACCAAAUUUCAGAAACCAACCGGAACCUAUGGACAUAGGAAAAAUAGAAGUGGCUGAAAAUUUUCAGGAAUCAGCCUCAAGAAUAAAUUACCAUUUAUAAUAAUAAAAACAAAGAUAGAUUUUAUAAGACUUAUAAUAGACACAGGCGCAACAAACUCCAUUUUAAAUCCGGGUAUCUGCGACCCCAAAAGAAUUCAUCCAACUAGCCCACUUUUAAUUAAAACUCUCCAACAUCGAAUUUACGUUGACAAAAAAGCAAUAGUACCCAUGUUCGAAGAAUUUAGCGACAUUGGAACUAAUAAACCAAUAGAAUUUUAUAUAAUAAAAUUUCAUAACUUUUUUGACGGUCUAAUAGGUAACGAUAUAUUGAGACCACUAAAUGCCUGUAUCGAUUAUAAAAAGAACGAAAUAAAUAUCGGUAACAAGACACUCCCUAUGCACUUCGAAAACGAAAACUUAAAUGAACGAAAGAUAGUAGUACCAGAUGACUCUGACCUAGUAUAUUAUAAGGAAGAAAACGGCGGAAACAUUGUAAGAGAGGGAAUUUUAAAUGUAAGAAAUCAAGAAGCAAAGAUAAACUUACUAUCUGAAACCAAUCGGGUGACUACGCAAAAAGUAGAUCACGAAAAUUUUAGCAUAAUCGAAAAUAAAGAAUCUAAACCAUUGGCUGACCAAAUUAGAAUAGGGCACUUGAACCCCGAGGAAAGGUCACAAUUGUUGCAAAUAAUAAAAGAAUAUCGUAAUAUUUUUUACCAGGAAAAUGAAGGACUUUCAUUUACUUCAGCAAUAAAACAUAGAAUUAGAACUACAAACAACAUACCUAUAUUUUCUAAGUCAUAUAGGUACCCGUACGUACAUAAGGAAGAAGUCACAGAUCAAAUCCAAGAAAUGUUAAAACACGGGAUAAUUAGGAAUAGCAAUUCUCCCUACUCAGCCCCAAUUUGGAUCGUGCCAAAGAAGGCCGAUGCCAGCGGGAAACCAAAGUGGAGACUAGUAAUUGACUAUCGUAAACUGAACGAAGUAACGAUCGAUGAUAAGUUUCCCAUCCCGAACAUAGACGAGAUUCUUGAAAAACUGGGAAGAAGCCAGUACUUCACUACACUCGAUCUGGCGAAGGGUUUCCACCAAAUCGAGAUAGAGGAAGAAGACAUCCACAAAACUGCAUUUAGUGUCGAAGGAGGGCACUAUGAAUUUCUGCGAAUGCCUUUCGGACUAAAAACAGCCCCUGCAACGUUCCAGAGAUUGAUGAAUAAUCUACUCCAAGAUUAUAUCAACAAAAUCUGCCUAGUAUACCUGGACGAUAUAAUCAUAUUUUCAACAUCCUUACAGGAACAUAUGAACUCACUUAGACUUAUAUUCGCAAGAUUACAGGAGGCAAAUUUAAAAGUGCAGUUAGAUAAAUCAGAAUUUCUAAAAAAGGAAACAGAGUUCCUUGGGCACAUAAUUACAACGGAAGGAGUCAAGCCCAAUCCUAAAAAGAUAGAAUGCGUUGUUAACUUCCCAAUACCCAAAACAGCAAAACAGAUCAAGCAAUUCUUAGGGCUCACAGGCUACUACAGGAAGUUCAUAAAGGACUACUCGGCUAUAGCUAAACCAAUGACUAGGUGCUUAAAGAAAGAUUCACAGAUAAAUAUAAAUGACUCGGACUACGAAAAAAGUUUUAACACCCUCAAGACCCUACUAACGCAUGAUCCAAUAUUAACAUACCCAAACUUUUCUAAAACAUUUACAUUGACAACGGACGCGAGUAAUUACGCUUUGGGAGCGGUACUUUCGCAAGAUAAUCAUCCAGUAUGCUACGCCAGUCGCACCCUUAAUACGCAUGAAACAAAUUAUAGCACAAUAGAGAAGGAAUUAUUGGCAAUCGUGUGGGCUACAAAAUAUUUUAGGCCAUACCUUUUUGGUCGUAAGUUUAUAAUAGAGACAGAUCACAAGCCACUGACAUGGCUCUUUUCUAUAAAGGAACCAAACUUUGUUAGGUGAAGAUUAAGACUAUCUGAAUACGAUUAUGAUAUUAGGUACAAGAAAGGAACAAAGAAUAGUAAUGCCGACGCUUUGUCAAGGAUUGAAAUUGAACCCAGCAUUAAUACACUAGAAUGCGACAGGGGAACGAUAAAAAGUACUACUUCACCAAUUAAUAUGUUUAAAAAUCAAGUAGUUAUAAUAAAAACUACCUCUGGAUCAUUAAGAAUAAAAAAUAAAUCUGUUUUUAAAAAUAAAAGAAGAAUAAUUUCUAUGAAGGAAAUGGACAGGGAAACAGCAAUUACAAUACUAAAGAAUCAUUUUAAUCCAACACAACUGAAUGCUAUUUUUAUCGAAGACGAAUUUUAUACUAUGUUUAAAACUGUUUACGAAGAACUAUUUUCAAAUAACCCAAAUUUUAAAGUACUUAGAUCUACACUCAUGACGGAAGACAUAGAAGACGAAAAUCGAUUAACUGAAAUUAUUAAAAACGAACAUCUUGACAAAAACCAUAGAGGAAUUCAGGCAGUAUAUAAAGAAUUAAUUACGCGAAUUUACAAUCCUAAAUUAAAACAAAGGAUAACUCAGUUCAUAAAUAACUGUGAAAUUUGUAACUUAGAAAAAUACGAUAGGAAACCCCCAAAAAUCCCUUACAAAAUUACAGAAACUCCAUCCAAACCUCUGGAAACAUUACAUAUAGACGUAUUUUAUACUUUAGGUAAGAAACUUUUUAUGACAGCAAUUGAUAAAUUUUCGAAGUUCGCGUUAGCAUUUCAAAUAAACGGUAGGAGUUGGACAGAAUUUAAAACAAAACUUUUGCUGAUAAUCAAUACUUAUGGGAAAAUAAAUAGAAUUGUUGUGGAUAAUGAACUAGGCUUUAAAGCUAUACCGAUGCAAGAAUUUUUGAAAAAGGAGAACGUAGAUAUUCACUAUACUUCCAAUAGUAACCAUACGUCUAACGCCGACAUUGAGAGACUACACAACACAAUCAAUGAGCACAUACGCUUGUUAAGGCACGAUAAAGAAAACAAAGACGAAAGUAUAGAAGAUAAAAUGAUAAGAAUAAUAGGUUUUUAUAAUAAUACAAUACAUAGCACGAUUGAUUUUGUAAAUGGCAAAGUACAUGAAGAUAGAUACAAAGAAAUUCAUGAUCUUAUAAAUUCAAAGAAAGAAAAGUACAUUCAGAAGAAUGAAAACCGGAAGGAUAUAGAAUUAGAAGGCGGACCAAAUUACAUUAGAGAGAUAAGAGGGGGUAAAAACCACAGAAAAUACAGGAAAAUUAAUGCUGAAAAAAUAGAUGAUGACCACUUACAGAUAACAGAAACUGGACAUAAAUAUUAUAAAGCUCACGUUAGACCUAAGAAGAAAUACCAAGACAAGAGUAACCCCUAAAUCAAAGCUACAAUUAAAUAAAAGUAAUUUUUUUAGAUGAUUUUAUAAAAAUUAACGAUGAUUGUUUAAACAAAAUACUAAACUUUGAAGAAGCUAAUUGCAAAAUGCAAACAUUAAAUACACAAGAGAUAAGCGAAAUAAUUCCUGGAGUACUAAUUCUUAAACAUUUUAACAGCACAAUAUCCCAUAACUGCAACAAAGCUAAAUUAAACAUUUCAGGAAAUUACUUAAUCAAAUUCGAAAAUUGUGAAAUAAACGCGUUAAACAAGACUUUUACAAAUGUCAAAAUAAAAAUACAAGACAAGUUUAUUCUUCCUAAUAUCAUUACAAAAAUUAAAGACAAUAGUAAUACAACACUAGCAGACAUAAAAAUUGAAUCUUUAUACCUGAAGCAAAUAGAAUACGAAGAAACACUGAAAAAUAUACUAUAAACCGAUAAGAACUCAAAAAUACUUAGUUUUGGUAUAGAUAUCUCAAUUAUUAUAUCAAUAUGUAUCUUAAUUAUUUUUAUAUACCUCUUUAAGAAUACAAAAACAUAUAUUCCAAAUGUACAAUUAAAAAAUGAAACUACUAUAAACAAUCCGGCAAAGAUAAUAUAAUUUCGUCGGAGCCUCAAACUAACGGUGGGGGUGUUAUAAAGAAUAUUAAUUUAUUGAGUUUUCCAAAUAAUUCUUUGUCCAAGUGCAUUUUCGCCAACGAAAAUGCAACAGUUAAUAAAAUGUACCAUUAAUUCCACUAACGAAAAUGCAACAGUCAACAAAAUGUACCAUUAAUUCCGAAGAAUUUUAAUAAUUUGUAUUUAUUGUUCAUUCAAGUGCAUUUCCGCUAACGAAAAUGCAACAGUUAAACAAGAAACAUUUCUUAAGAAUUUUUACGCAAGCAUUUAUUUUUAAGUUAUUGCAAGCAAGCAAAAUAUUAGUAUUUAAGAAAGCACAAAAUAAAACGGAAUGCUGAUUAUCGAUUCAAACUUCAACCCAGUUGUUUAAUUAUUCGUUGUUCAUCACUUCGGUGAAAAAAGUUUUCGUCUCUAGAAUUAAUUUUGAUCUUUGCUUCUGCAAUUGUAGAUCGAAUUCUUUCCGAUCUUCUUUCAAUUGCCUGCUCUAUACAGUGUUUCCUUUUAUCUGUUGGGCUUAUUGCCCUUGCUCCUAUCUCCGUGUCUUGGGUUGCGCGUUCCAUUUUGAGCUGUUCAGCUCUUUUCCUACCAUGUGCGGCUUCGCAUUUCUGUCGCAAUUUUUCAUACACAUUGUUGGCAAAGUAUUCAUGAUUCGGCGCUACUUUCCCUGCCAAGUUUACAUGGUUGCUGUGGAAUUCGCUCCAUCGCACCUCAAUAACCUCUAAUUCAUUUUGAUCGCACCGUGCUGAAAUUUCACUUUUCAGCACCUGUUGGCGUUUCAACAAGUCCGCAAUGUUCGACAUUUUUAAUUAAUAUUUUUUUACUAAACUGUUCUUAUUCUUCAAAAAAUCGUUGGAGGUAAUUGUUUUGGUCGCCCGGUUGAACUUGCUGUGCCUCGAUUCACAGCCGCUGAAUAUUUUUUUAAUAACAGUUUUUAACACAGCGUUCAGUUUCGUACUAAAACGGCUGACGUGAUUAUAUAAAUACGCGGGAAUAUGGACCCGUCUUACGAUUUCUUCUCAAUGUUUUGUAUAUUUUAUUUUGCCUGUAUUUUCAUAAGUAGUAGGGCUUUUUUAAUUUGGCUGAGCUCUUUUUUAGACUCGAAGGACCAAAUAUUUAAAACUCAACAAAGAUUUUGUUAACCUUACCACUGGUGGGGGGCAAUUCAAAAUAGUCUUUCGUUAAGUGAGAAUUUAUUCAUUCUGUUUUAUUGUUAAAAAUGUAAACCUUAUACAUAUACUAUUUCAGAAGUCUUACUUAUCUAAUUAAAUAUUGUAUAUGUGUAAUAGGUUGGGUCGAUUCCGGACUUUUUUCGAUUCGGGAUUUCUAAUAGUGCGGAAAAGUUGCCUUAGUACUUCCUGAUUCCAAUGCAACUUUUUGUUUUGAGAUCGGAUUGCAUCUUCAACCCCAACUCCGGCCUUGAAAUUUCGGAAAUUCGCCUAAAAUCGUGAAAUUGUCUACCUAGCGCCUGAAAUACGCAUCUCAUGGCAAAAUGUAUAAAACAAAAGUUAUUUGUCACGUCUUUUGCUACCGAAAUGUAUAUGUAUGUGAUCAUGGCUGCAGGACGAACCGUUCCCGAGAUACGAGCGAAAGUGCGGCGCGCCACAGCGCAAGGUGAAAAUUGUUGCAGCUCUCAGCUAACCUGUAUUGGUCACCCAGAACCCACCGCGUGGAGGUGGCUGCUCUUCGAGUUCCUCCCAAGCCCAACCCAACCAACUAACCAUAUGUCAGGCUUGUUUUAGUCUGAAUCUGUGCCAAAUUUAUUGAUAAAAUCAGAUUUUGUACUAAACUUUGGCACUUGUUGCCUAGAUUUCAGUGUAGAGCGUAUAAAACGAUCACGAGAUUGGGGGCCAAUAACUUCAGAAGAUGCCUCUGUCACCAGUUUGACGGUUCUCUCGACUGCCACGGUGUGAGAGGGGACUUCACUAAAUUUGCAUACCUCUGCAGUGUCUCCCGACAGCCCUUUUAUGAGUUCUUCGUUAGAAACUGAACAAAGAACUGGUGGAACAGUCAAGGUAAUAGUCUUCCAGUUAAUCAUAUCGUAAUAAUUAUUAGCUUUGAAAUUCACCUUUGGCACUUUAUUACAUCUAACCCUUCCAUUUACAGUGUCAGACUCUGCUUCUCUGGCAGCCAGAAGACGGUCAAGGGCCAACUUUCUGACUUCUAUCCGUUCGUCAGUCAUCAUACUAAGGAGAAUGUUUUCUGGAAGAGCAAAGAAAGCAUUCUGUUGAAUGGAUGAAUCGACAACCUUGCGCAGUUUAGCAGGUAAGUAUCUCGACCUUUGAAUUGCAGCAUAGAAAUGGCGCGAGCCAUCUUUGAUUGAACUGUUGAAUCUUAUUGAGAACCACAAAGGUGAGUAAACUGUAAGUAUGUACUUGACCAAAAUCUUUAUUUCUUUUGUUCGUUUGUCAGUAGAAAUGUAUAAUCUCAGAAUUCUAUUUACACAGGUGAGCCAGCGAGAUUUGCACAUGUUACCUGGAUGCAUCGACGCUAAAUCUGAGGAACAUUGACCGGAAAUAACAGCUUCUGAUAUUUUAUAGAGAUAAGCUUAGUCUGUGCUAAGUUGGGUCGGAUUAAUAACCUCAGAAGGUAAUUGGCAGGAUGGAAAACUUUCAAAUUUGACAACAGGCAACUUCUCACAAUCAGGGAGCAGUUUACCUAUGUUGCCAGAGAAUGUAUUUGGACUCUUUGAGACACCAUCUUUGUGUUCGAAAAGAACACGAAAUAGAAGUUCGUUGAAAUGUAGAAGACAAACAACCCCCUGUAAUGGCCUACCUAUUCUUUCUUCUAGUUUUCGAAUGAUUCCACCUUUCCAACCUGUGUUCGUGUUGGUGCCAUCAACACCGACAACUUCUAGAUGUUCCACAUCAACUGAAUUGUCUUGUAAAUGUUGCCAUAUAGCUUGCGUCUCAUCCUCAGCUGACCCGGAAGGAGAGGUGACGUGGCCAAAGUAAUGACAACCAGGUUCCGCUAUAAGAGAAAUAUGUUCCUCUUUGACAGUGUCGCGGUAGUACCUUUCACCUUCGCUGACUUGUGUAAGUGUAUUGUCUUUGCGGCCGUCAAAAUACAGCCCAUAUACAGAGUCAAUACUUUCGGUGUUUUGGAGCUUAACUCCAACACUUUUUUUUGCCCGACUAAUCUUGCAUUUGUCAGUGACAAAGCUAGCCUGAUCCUCUGUUAUCAACCCUGCUUUUUGGCAUCCAGAAAAGCAGAUGAAACAAUCAAGGCCGCUGCUCUAUCACUUACUCCAAAUCUUUGGGCAGCAAAAGCAGUGUGUUCUAAUACUAGUGUGUUUUGUUUAGUUUUAGAGGAUGGAAGAGAAAUUCAUCAUCAGCAUCGUUUUUGGAAGAAUCCAUGUGCGACGCACCUACAUUGUUGUCGUCUGUAUGAGAGUCUGGCUGAUACUUUUCUGGUAAGUGUUGAUGUUGAAUGACGUUUUGAAAGUUUUUCUUUACGUUCAUUUUUCUUUGUAAUCUGUUUUGUUUCACGUAGAUCAACACUUCCAAUGCGACCAAUUCUUCUGGUGCUCUGGUCCAAGUGAAAUGGUUGUUCAUUGAUAGGAACUUUCCUUUCCUUUGGACAAGUGCAAGAAGAAAAAUAAAUGCAUUUACAAGCAGCGACGUCAAAUAAUUUUCCGGCAGAAGAGACAAAGUCGUCUCUUUUAGAGCUCAAACCUAUUGGGUUCCUUAAAAACAUUUGUUUAACACGUUCCCUGUCCAAUGUAUCACAUGUGAUACAAAAUUAUUUUCUUGUACCAUGUGUACAGCGUCCAUGUAUCAUAUAUGAUACAUAUGAUAUAUGAUAUCCCUGUCCCCAUACAAAAAUUAAUUUUUAAUUUUAAUUCAUAUAUGAUACAAAGAGCGUAUGCAAUUCAACUUCGUAGUGGCACGUUCGUGUAUCAUAGCUGAUACAAAUUUUUUUUUACCGUUAUAUCGCUGUCAAGAUGUGUGGGAUAGUUCAAAAAUACAUCGAUAACCUCUAAAAACGCCUACAGCAAUAUAAUUUCAAAAAUAAGUGUUGCACGUGUACCGUUAAAAAUUAAUUUUUGUAUGGGGACAGGGAACGUGUUAAGAGUCAG